AUGGCUUCACCUGUUGCUUCUGCCGCCCUCAAGGCGCGCGUUCGCAAUCCCGCUAUGCUCAAGAAGCUUGCGCGACCUGAGGAUCUGAUGCACCACUUUCCCAAUGGCUCUUAUAUCGGCUGGUCUGGCUUCACAGCUGUUGGAUACCCCAAUGUCGAGUUUCAGACUCCGCACCGGCUAUUAUCGUCAUUACCCGAGCUUGGCGCAAACAAUGCAACUGACAAUCGCAACAGGAAGGUUCCCGCUGCUAUGGCCGACUACGUCGAGCAGAACAACCUCCAGAGCAAGAUGAAGUACUCCCUGUUCGUCGGUGCCUCGGCCGGUUCCGAGACGGAGAACCGAUGGGCUGCUCUCGACAUGAUCAACCGACGAAGCCCUCACCAGGUCGGCAAGGACAUUGCCAAGGGAAUCAACUCUGGACGAAUCAACUUCUUCGACAAGCAUUUGUCCAUGUUCCCCUCUGAUCUCGUCUAUGGCUUCUACACCAAGGAUCGAUCAAACAGCAACCUUGAUGUCACCGUCGUGGAAGCGACAGACAUUCUCGAGGAUGGCAGCUUUGUUCCCGGUGCCUCUGUUGGUGCUACUCCCGAGUUGAUCCAGAUGGCUGACAAGAUCAUCAUCGAGGUCAACACCGCCAUCCCCUCUUUCAAGGGUCUCCACGACAUUACCUUCACCGACGUUCCUCCCCACCGCACUCCCUACAACAUCACCGCUGUCGAGGACCGCAUUGGUUCCCCCUCAGUCAAGGUCGACCCCUCAAAGGUCGUCGCUAUCGUCGAGUCCGAUUACUGGGAUGCCACCGGCCCCAACGCUGAUGCCGACGAGUCGUCUCGCCAGAUCGCCGGCCACCUGAUUGAGUUCUUCGAGCACGAGGUUGCACAGGGCCGCAUGCCCGCCAACCUUCUGCCUCUCCAGUCCGGUAUUGGCAACGUCGCCAACGCUAUUGUUGGCGGUCUUAACGAGUCCAAGUUCAAGAACCUCAAGGUCUGGACAGAGGUCAUCCAGGAUACUUUCCUCGAUCUCUUCGACUCUGGAAAGCUCGACUACGCUACUGCCACAUCAAUCCGAUUCUCUCCCGAUGGUUUCAAGCGCUUCUACGAUAACUGGGAUGCCUACGCCGACAAGAUCCUCCUCCGAAGUCAGGCUGUAUCCAAUGCUCCUGAGAUCAUCAAGCGUCUCGGUGUUAUCGGCAUGAACACCCCCGUCGAGGUCGACAUCUUCGCUCACGCCAACUCCACCUGCGUUAGCGGAACACGUAUGCUCAACGGUCUCGGCGGUUCAGCCGAUUUCCUCCGCAACUCCAAGUACUCCAUCAUGCACACACCAUCCAGCCGACCCUCCAAGACCGAUCCCCACGGCGUGUCCUGCAUUGUCCCCAUGGUGACCCACGUCGACCAGACCGAGCACGAUCUUGAUGUUAUCGUCACCGAGCAAGGUCUCGCCGACGUUCGCGGUCUCUCACCCCGUGAGCGCGCCCGCGUCAUCAUCAACAAGUGCGCGCACCCCAAGUACCAGCCCAUCCUGAGCCACUACUUCGACAAGGCUGAGUCGGAGGGUCUGAAGAAGGGUAUGGGCCACGAGCCUCAUCUUCUCUUCAACGCUUUCGACCUGCACAAGGCUCUGGCUGAGGAGGGUAGCAUGCUAAAGGUUAAGCCUUGGGUACUCCCAGCCAGCAAUCAAUCACUGUUAACAGCAUAUAAAGAAGUAUUACAAUUCAAGUACUUAUACAUGGUUUCAGAGAAGCCCAAGCUCUCGUUGUCCCAGCAGAUGCGCAACGCGCCUUUGCAAAAUCUCAACCGCUGGGCCCUAGUAUCCUCACUCUACGGCCCUGGCACCUUCUGGAGCUGGCUCAUCAUCGUAGCCUCCGUCUUCACAAGCUGGACCAUAAACCCAGUCACAAAACGCUUGGACUCAAUCACAAACGACACAAUCGCAGCGCUUACACUUCCCAUAGUCGCAGCUGCAGAUGCACUCUACCAACUCGCCAAAUAUGAUCGACCCGACCGUCCACGGUUGCUGUUGAGCGAUUCACCAGAAGACAUUCAGCUCGUCGCUGCGCUGGAAGCCCCACUUGCUAUAUGCGAAGUCUACGUUGUGCUGGCUAUCUUCCUGCAUAGCGCUGCAUUGAGGAAAUAUCAGUGGAAGAGGUUGGUUAUCUUCUUCACGUACCCUGAUCUUCCGGUCUCACGAAGUACGUUUGCUCGACCGUUUCUCUUCAACUUUGUUCUUGCAUUAGGAUUUACAUCGGGGAUCAUGGCUAUCAUGACUGCCUCCAACCUUGUUCUUUUAUCAUCCAAAUUCUUGAUAUUGUCAUCAGUUUCUCAGAUCAGAGCAGCAAUGAAGCUCUAUGACGCCCCAGCAUCCUACCCUAUGGUUGUUCGCCUCUUUGUACUCGAAAGAGGUGGCAUCACCCUUGACGUCGAGACCAUCGACGUCAUGAACAUGGAGAAUAGAGGCCUUGAAUACAGAAAGAUCAACCCACGAUGGGAUGUUCCCGCGCUCGUUCUCGAUAAUGGCUUUGUCCUGACUGAAGUAACCGCCAUUUGCGAGUAUCUCGAUGAGAUGGCCCAAGGCGGUAAAUCACUCUUUGGUGAAACACCCCUCGAGCGUGCCGAAACACGCAUGUGGCUUAGACGAAUGGACCUCGAAAUCGCAGAACCUGUCAUAUCAUGGGUUCGUAAUGAUCCAGGGACUGCCGACUUUUACAUAGGACAUCGGAUUCCCAUACCCGAAGCAAGAUUGGCGCAGAAGGUUACCAUUCAGCAGUAUCUGAACCUGUUGGAUGAGGAGUUGGAGGGAAAGAAGUAUCUCUGCGGGAAGAGGUUUUCGGCGGCGGAUAUUCACUUCUACAGUCUGAUGAAGGGAAAGACUACGGGUAUGGCGCCGUGGGUACUUCAUCCGGGGAGAAAGAAUGUUGUCAGAUAUUUCGAGAGGAUGGACGCUAGGGAGGCUAGCAAGAAGGCGUUGGAGGUCUUUGGAGAGAGAGUUGAAGCUCAGGAGACGAGUAUGAUGAAAUGA